AUGCCUGCAGAUGUCUGCGAUGACAUGGUCUGGACCUACUUCAAGCAUGUCCACUUCUUCCUACCGGUAGUGGAUGCUCAAGGCUUUCUCAAUGAUUAUCACGAACAGGGGCCGCACAAGAAGCACGAUCUUCUGUUCUGGAGCAUGAUGCUGGCAGCAACGAAUUUUGCAGAUGCCGAUCUUCUGAGACGAUCCGACUUUCCAUCCAGGAAAGCUAUGAAGACUGCCAUGUAUAAACGUGCCAAGUGCCUAUAUGACCUCGAUCGAGCCACCGAGAAGCUGAAACUGAUCCAGUCAGUUAUCUUGUUAAGCUUCUGGUACACAGACCCGCAGGACCACACAGGAGCAUGGUACUGGAUUGGUAUCGCCAUAUCCCUGGCGCAGGGCAUCGGUCUCCACCGGAACCCUCGAUCCAGUGGUCGCACCCGACAGAUAUAUCCCCAGGAGCAAGCAUUGAGGCGCCGUAUCUGGUGGUCGUGUGUGGUCAGAGAUCGCUGGGUCUCGCUAGCCAAGGGACGCCCCAUGCGAAUACAUGGUGAGGACUGCGACCUUCCAUUUCCAACCUCCCGGGAUGUCCUCCAGGAACUGGAUUCUGUCGCCGAUGAUGCAAGGAGACGGUUCAUUCCGGCUGACUCUACAGCCUUGACGAGUCUCUGGCUCCGACUCGUCCGUAUCAGCGACGUUCUCGGUGGUAUACUGCGGCUUCAUUACCGCGUGAGCGGACCAGACCCAACCGCGGAUGAUAUUGACAAGUAUUCUCAGCAAAUCGAAUCAUUGUCAGCCACAAACUCCGGGAUCAUGGAUGAGUGGUCUGAUACUCUUAGCAUCCACGCCUACCAGAUCGACCUGUUUUAUCAGUCCGUCAUUCCCUUCCUAAAUGGUGUUAUCUAG